AUGACUGUGUUACCAGUAUAUGUUAAUGAUAUCUUGGUUACUGGCAAUGAUUCAGUCCAUAUUGCUUCUCUUAUUACUUACAUGCACACUACAUUUUCUAUGAAAGAAUUGGGUCUCAUCAAUUAUUUCUUGGGUGUCUCUGUUACUUCCUCUGACUCUGGCUAUUUUCAUUCUCAAACUAAGUAUGCCUUGAAAAUUCUUGCUAAAGCUGGGAUGUCUGAUUGCAAGCUAGCUCCUUCUCUCAUGUCAGUCAAGCCCUCUUCAUUAUCUUCUCCUACUAUGGCUUAUUCCAAUCCUUUCCUCUAUCGCAGCAUUGUUGCUAACUUUGCUUCUGUCAAACACUUGUUGCGAUAUCUCAAAGGCACCAUUCAUCAAGGCCUGUCAUUUACUCCUGGUCCUCUUGAGCUUCAUGCCUUCUCUGAUUCAGAUUGGGCUGGGAGUGGGGGUGAUGAAAGUAUAGCUCAGCAGCAGCUCAAACAGACCAAGACUCAGCAGCAGCAGUUUAAAGGGACUAUGGUUCCAUUCAGAGAUGUCUUAGCUCAGACUCCAUCAUCCACAUCCAUGUGUGAGAAGCUUCAAACUGAGUCUAGUGCAAUCAUUCCAUAUCUAUUAUAA